AUGGAUACCGACGAGGCUCCCGAUCGUUACUUUACCUAUGAUGGUAGAUUGGCGUCAUUUCAAUCCACACACCGACCAUCUGGUAUUAAAGGAAAGGCUUCAAAGGCGCUUACUUGGCCGCACAAACAACUUGACCCAGUCCAAUUUGCUCAAGCCGGAUUCUACUUCGACCCUUCCCCCGAAGCACCCGACAACACUGUUUGUUUCCUUUGCGUAAAGGCGUUCAAGGGAUGGGAAGAGAAUGAUAGCCCAUUGGAGGAACACCUACGACUGUCACCACGUUGCGGCUGGGCUAUCGUCGCCGCUAUCGAGGCAGGCCUAGGAGAUUAUGGCUACGAUGAUCCUAGCGAUGUACCAAUGGCUGAAGCGCGGAAAGCUACAUUCGGGGGGCUCUGGCCUCAUGAAGGGAAGAGAGGAUGGAAGUGCAAAACCAAACAGCUUGUGGAAGCCGGUUGGAAAUACACACCGACUGCAGAUUCGGACGAUAUGGCAACUUGCACCUACUGUUCUCUCGCGCUUGACGGUUGGGAACCCAAAGAUAACCCAUUGGAUGAGCAUUAUAGGCGGUCUCCAGACUGUCAGUUUUUUGCAUUGUUGAACCAAUAUCAGAAGGGUCCAACAAAGAAGAAAGGUAGAGGCAAGGGUGUUAGAGCCUCCCAGUCGUCCAGACUAUCCUCUCAGUCCAUCGCUACGACUGUUGCGUCUGACGCAACAUCAUUCCUUGAGCCUCAGGUUGAUCAUGACGAUAGCGUUAUGACUACUACGUCUGUCAUGACCCAAGGUGGCACAAAGCGGAGUAGGGCAAAAAAGACAACGGCCUCCAAGGGCAAGAGGACUCGAGCGAAGAAGGAAGAGGUGGUCGAGGUGCUUGAAGAUUCCCCUGAACCGCAAGAGGAACCGGCACCCCCAACGCCGCCACCGAAGGCUACCCGUGGACGCAAGCGAGCUAGUGACCCCCUUGAAGACUCGGAGCUAACAAUGGCGGACGUCCCAGCAGCUAAGAAGAGAGCUACGCGCACACGGAAGGCAAGUGUUGCUGAGGCUUCCGUUACUGAACAGGAACCCGACCAGGAAAUGUCCGACAUAGAUCCAGCUCCUAAGCCGAAAGCGAAAGGAAAGAAGGCCAGAUCAACUAUCACUCGCAAGACUAGAAAGGCCUCUACAGCAUCUACUAUAUCAAAUAUUUCCCUCCAAGGAGAUGCUGCUCAUAUGAUGGAUGACGAAGAACUUGAUAGACAACUACAGGCCGAUCUUGACCGACCGUUGUCAGACGACGAAAAUAUUGCAGCCGAUUCAGAUUCAGACCGAAAGAAAGUCUUACCUAAGCAUAAGAGCAAGAAGGCUGCCGUUCAGAAAAAAGACCCUGCAAGUCAAAGCGAAGCAUCGAAUGAUCAUGCUAUGUUCGACCCUCAGCCCCCUCAUAUUGACGAGGCAGUAGUUGAAGAUGAGCUGAAAGCGCUAGAAGCCGAGAUGGAAAUUGAGCGAGUUGAAACACCUCCAAUUCCAAAGAGGGGUCGUAAAGUAGGUUCCAAGAAGGCCUCGAAGCAAACAACAAAAAAAGCUAAAGAGGCCGAGUCUGCUGCGCCAGAUGUCGAGACGGCAGCUGUAGAUGAAUUAGCCGAAGGUCAUGACGUGAGUAUUGCCAGCAACUCAACUAUGGUCCGAACUAGCCUUGCGUCGAAUGCGGCUCCUAGGAAACGUGGUCGGCCUAGUAAAAAGGCUUCAAUAGUAACUCCAGACCCGAAUCCUGAUGAACUUGCCGAUGCUGAGGUUAGGGCUCCAUCCGAACCUAUUGACGUCGGCAAUUCCGCUGAAAAAAUACCUGCAACAAAGACGAAGACUCUCUCCCCCGCAGCAGCGUCUUCUCCUUUGGUCAGUAAACCUUUACCUCCACCGCCAAUGGAGUCGGAUGAGCCCCAGCCUCCUUCAACGCCAAUUGCCUUAAAAUCUCCAGCCCCGGCGGCAAAUCAGGCGGCUUUGUCACCAUCGCAGUCGCCUCAGGCUUCUGAUGCUGAAAAUGAGCCCCCAUCUUCGAAGCCCUCAAAUACUGCAAAUAGCUCCCGAAUUGUCCUGGCUCCCAUUACUGCUACGCCUAUACGCACCUCACCAUCCAAACGAAAUGUUGUGGCUGGAUUACAGAGUAAUACUCCCUGGGCUGCUGUCGAUGUGGAUAUGGUUUUCGAGGAUAUAGAUAAAGAGAAUACCUCAGGAUCAGCGAAGUUCUUGAAAAGCGGUUCUGAUCUCACUAGCCCUGAGAAGCGAAUGACUGUCGAGGAGUGGAUCUACCACAACGCUGAAGAAGCCGAGAAGAAGUUAAAACACGAAUGUGAGACCAUGGUCACAGCCUUCGAGAAAGAAGGAACGAAAGCUAUGCAAGCUCUUGAAGGCCUUAUCGUCGACUAG